AAGCCCGCCAGUAAACAGCCCCACUCCUCGGUGGGACGGGACAGAGAGAGACGGCGAUCCGUCGAUCAGUCGCGAUGAGGAAGCGAUCAUCGUCCCGCAAGCAGAAAGCGUCGCCGUCACCGAUGCCUUUGCUGCCGCUACCUCGCGACUCUCUGCAAUCCAUCUUCAACAUCAUCGCCACCGGAUCGUUGCGGAAGUCCAAAACCAGAGGCCGCCACCACAGCAGAAUCAACGGCGACAACGCCUCCGGCCCGACUCCGUCUCCGGCGAGCAAGAGCCUGACCUCGAUCGGCGAUCUCAAGGACUUUGCUUCCUCUCAGCUCGACGAUCUCAAGCGCCGCCUCAAUCGCUCGCAUUCCGGGAUCUCCAAGGAAGUCGAAGCCUCUCACUCCCACCUCCACAAGCGCUCCAAGAUGCAUGCCCAGGCAAUUCAACAAGUCACGGAUGAAGUGGACAAGGAGUAUAAGAAGAUAUGUGGGCAGAUGUAUGAAAGUCGAAAAGCUAUGAAGGUGACGUUCGCGGAAGUCAUGGAAGAUGCUCAAACCAGCACAUCUCACGUGUGCAAAACAUCCAUCCCGGAGCUUUCGCAGUCCUUUGAUAAAGCCAUUGAUGUCCUCCGCAACCAUCUUGGAGUUUCCACCAGUUAGUUGAUACUCAUCAACGCCAUUCGCUUUGGUGAAGUCCAUCCUCUACCCACUCACUGACGCCUUCUUGAGUGAAUUGCUUUGAACAACUCUAUUGCACAGCAUUAGCAUACAUAGCAAAGCUGGAGCUUGUACCUGCUUUCGACUCACCAGCAAUCCACAUGUUGAAUCUUCUUAAACAGGGCCCAUUUCUUGAUUUGACAUAUUUAGCAUCUCUGUCGAUGCACUCGUGUCAUAACGAGCGAAACCCGAUCUCUGUGCAUUGCUUCUAGAGACAAAUGCAGGACAGGACGCAUGGAGCGAAUUGCAGCACUGGAAUGGAAUCCUCCUCGUUGGUUAA